AUGGAGUUUCCAAUCGGGGCGGAAACCAACGUUCGAGUCUUUGAUGAACUUUCAACUUGUUAUUGGAGGGUUUAUGGCGUUGAUUUCAAUGAGAGGGGUCUUGGGACCUUGGGGUCUUCAAUCAAUCAACUCUUUAAGAAAGUCCAAAUAUGUGCAUUAGCACUACGAGAGGCUGGGUGUCUUACAUGUCCAUCAUCUGAUGGAGUUGGAAUUUGGAUAUUUUCGCUUGAUGCUGAGUUUUCUAGGCUAAAGUCUUUCACGUCAAGUCAGAGCAAAUAUUCACAAGAUAUAAUUGUUGGACAGGUGCCAAUACACGAAUAUUGUGGGGGAACCACAUCUCUAGCUGAACUUUCUCAAAAACUGCUAUCCAAAGCUUCAGAUAACCUCCUCAAUUCUAGCCAAACUGAGGAACUAUCGGAUAGAAAUAGGCUAGAGAUACCCGCAUCGUUGGAGUUAACGCAUUCUUCUCUAUACGCGUCAUUUAUUAGCUCAAUAGCUUGGUCAUUCUCACUGUAUUUGGCUAAACGUCACGGAGCUAUACCCCUCGGAAAAAGGACCUUUUUCACAGUCGCAGAUCCUGAUACAUCUCCUGGCGGGGCUUCUGGCUGCAUUAUUUCGACACUGGAUAUCGAAACAUCCCAAAGUGGCAAGGUGGCCGUAUCACUUCGGCCUAGAUUCCAACCAGGAAUAUGCCAACUUUCUGAAAGCCCUGGGCCCAGUAGCAUUGGUGAGCUACGAUUACAUGACGAUAUAUGGCUUGCUCCCACAGGGACAAUAGCUAGAUACAUAGGUAUAGGAGGUAGUGAAUAUGCACUCGGUACCGGCAACUCGUAUAACACCAGCAACAGCGCACAUUGUUCAAAAAAUGGCUUCUCCGGUGAGGGCCAGGAUCCAUGGAAAAUGGCUGUUUGUUCUUGGCUUGAGAGAACAGGGGUUCCUAUAGGGGUAUCGGAUAAUAUGAGAUGGAUACAAGUUGAAGUGGUGGCACGUCAUCAACGGUUGGGCCAGACCAAGGCCAAUGGUACCCGAAGAAUCUACUGGCCGGCGCAAUUAUGUUUUAGAAAAGCUCGCUUCCCCAAAGGCUCCCCAAUUCAAGGAGCCAAGACUUUAUCCCGCGACAGUCUGGGGCCUUUACAGUACGCCCAUCAAUGGCUAAAAUGCUCUCUACCCAAGGACGAGGUUUUAUCACGGAACCCACCACCAGAUGUUACCCAGCCCGCAGAGCAGCAUCCUCAAAGCGAACUUGUUGGCAUACCCCGAUUUCCACCCAGCUACGGUAUACCCAACCCUCCCGGAGGCGCAUUAGGAUUCGGGCAACUUCCAUCCGAUCACCCUGGGGGGCAGUAUCCUCUUGAAAUAUCGCAGGCCUCGAGGGAGGAACCAGAUGCUAACAUUGCCGAAUCCCUAAAUCCUAAUACCAGAUCAUUAAUAGAAGCGGCAACCCCCGGGCUCGGCACCGGAGCUGGAAUGUACGACACCGCGGCUGACGAUGACUUGUUUGAAGAGAUAGGUGACAAUUUCGACGACAAAGGAAUUACUGAGGCAGACUUCAACUUUUUUGACGAACCUGGACUUUCUGAUACUAAUUUGGACGUUGAUUCGGGAAACCUGAGCCACAAUUUUGUUAUGUCGGACCAUCCUACGGUGGAAUCAAAGACGGAUCUAGAAAUGAACGAAUCAUCGGCUUCCUUAGAGCCAGUUGGACCUGCCGAGCCGGGAGGGAUGGAAACCCCAAUGUUAGACAAUGCUGUGGAAUAUAACACAAAUCAAGGACAAGGUGAACUUAACAGUAACCAGCCCGUGACUGGAGUGGCGGACGCGGAGAGGAGUGCGGAACGCCCAAUAAGCCCGCCACUCAGCCCGUCAGGGGUAAAACGUAUUUUAUUUUCGAACGCAACAGGAGGCUCAGAAAAGGCCAAAAACACACUGACUUCUGCCGUGGCGCUUCCAAUAGGCGCAAACAAUCAACUAGGACAACAUAAAGGUCGUUACGAUGCCAUACCAUUCCAACAUGAGCUCGGCUUCUCCGAUAGAAAAUACGGAAUUGAUGGCAGAUUUUGGUUUCUUCCUGAUCGCAAAAACACAAAUCAAAACGCGGAUUCAAAUGUGACAACAAUUCCUAUGGUCAAUGAUCCGCCAGGGCCGAUCUAUAAAUUAGGACAGCAGGAUUACAAUCACAAAGGCAACGAACGCAUAAAUUGUCCUGACAACGAAAGAUGCUCAGCCUCUGACUCUUCAACAUCAUCAGUUUCAGGGGAUGACUAUGAACAGGCUAGAACCGACAAGUUGCGCCCCCUAGAUCCCAUCGAUACCAGAUUGAGGAGGGGAGACUUAGAAGAAAUUUUCUCAGUUAGUUCGUCUCUACAAAGCCCUGGAUUCAACGUCAGAAAGCCUUAUACUACACCCUCUGACCUCGAAGAGGAUGUGCUAUUAGCUGGGCUUAUCUACCCCGCUACUGAUUGGCUAUUGUCUGGCUACUUCAAAGCAUUCGAACCCAGUGUUCGCUCGGUUCUUUGUGGCCGAGAUGAGAUGCUCCACGUAGCACAGCUCUUGGUUGAUCAAAUUACUCAAUCUACUUUGGCGCAUAAAAUGGAGAUCACUUAUGAGGAGAAUGAGAAAGAUAUCUGGCAAUCAUCGAUAGACGACAUUAGCGCACUAGGCCAAUCCCGCAGGCCUAAUCUCAAGUGUUAUGCAUCGAUUAGUGACAUUGGGCCUAGUCAGCAAAUGAAGGAUGCAACGGGCGGUGGCAUCAUCAAUUUGAAGCCGCCACAUAUGCAUAUCAGGCGUGGAAAUUGUUCUCUUGAAGUCCUACCAACUGCUAUAUCUUUCUGGGAAACAUUCGGCCUUGAACCCCUCAAAGGCAAGAAGGAUAUCAUUUCCUAUUGUCUACACCCCGUGUCCAUGCAAGAGAGCGCCAGUGCAUUUCUAGAUAGGCUGGGUCUAACGUAUUUGGGCGCCAAUCUGGGCACAUUCUCCCGUCCUGGUAGCGCAAAGGGCUUGGUUCCAUGGUCCCUAGGCCAGGAUAAGCUGGACUAUACCUCAAUUAUGCGGAAGUUACAGCAUAUUUGUGAAUCUUUAGUAGGAACUGCGAUGUCAAAUUUAUCAAUGAACAACAAAACUGCGGUUGUUUACAUCGUGAAUCCUUUCAAGAUAGGUGCAGCGAUGGUUGAUAUAUGCGCAGCGUUCUUACGCCUCUUUCAUAAAUAUGUAGAAGAGGCUGACAAACGUGCAGUUCGUCGCCUUAACGAGCUGGUAUUGCAGAUAAUCCCAUCCGACUUUAUCGCUGGUGAUGACUCGUUGGUAAUACCCACGCAAAAUGAGUAUCUCCGCCUUGCAUUGGAGGUCUACUCCCGCUGCCCUCCACAACAGCCUAUAUCGGAUAUGUUUGGGGCCGCUCCUGCAUUUAGCCUGGCGCCAUCCGUUCCAAAAAUGAUUCCUUUCCGGCUUACUGCAGAGGAGGGUUCUCCCAUGGAUGCUGGGAAGGCAUGCCAUGUAGCAUAUUCUGUGAGCCAGGAUCAGCGGUGGGUUACUGCAGCGUGGUGCGAUAAUCUAGGCCUACGCCAGUUAACGUUGUCGUACUCUCUCCGACAAGACGUUUCUCAUACCUGUAGACCAUUAUCUGAAGUUCGAGAAGAUAUCUGGCAGGUGACGGUAGACAUGACAGGGAUGUCUUGCUGCCGCUGGCGUGUUGUUAUUGCAAAGGAUGAACCAAUGGACACUGAAGAAAUAACAGCCUGGACAAAUCUUGCGGCUCGUCACAAUCAGCAUCACCCCAGCCAGGUAGAUUUGGCCCUUCUCACCGUAAAUAUAGAGCCAAACCUACGCAUGAAGCUACCCCCUCCGCCACCGCAACUGAACGCUCUUUACCAAUCUGGCAAUGCUUCAACUCCGGUUUCUACUCCAAAACCCAGCAUAUCUUCUCCCGAUCCGUCAACCAGUGCUUCAACCCCACCCAAUAUCUCUAGUACACCAAACUUAUCAUCCGAACCAGCCCUAUCUCAGACCCAAACCAACGUUCAGGUUCAUCCUACUCAAGUCCCCGUAGAGUCGAAUACUGAAACACUCCUUGUGGACAAGUCGGACGACUCCUGGGCCCUAAUUCUAUCACAGCGCUUGAAUAACUCCCACUCAUUUACCAAUUAUAACCCGGCUCUCGCAAACGGAUACCUUAUCCACCGUAGCGGCACCAGCGACAAUGACUGGAAAGCUUCCUUGAUGGUCAAUUUGAUACACGUCCAGACUCGAAUUCCUCCCAGUAUUAUCUUGAAGGAUUUACUAAGUAUAUACCGGGAUAUGGCUUCUCUAACCCGGGCAAGGGGACUUAUCUGUUCCCGGGAAAACCAUGGCCUCCCCUGGCACAUUUCUACAGCAAUUAGGGGACAGGAGUUAUUAGGAUGUAUACUAUAA